AUGCCCCCCUCAACACCAUUUCGGCCGGUACCUCACAACUUGCCUAUGUUUCCGACCCAUAAGCGGCAGCGUCGCACCGCUACCAGCGUCCUUGCUGGCGAUUUCGAUAUUCGACCGCCCCGGGACGUGCUUACUAGCCUGCUCAAUGGCGUAGGGCCUUACAAGGAGGUCGAGAAAGAAGAAGAGACGCGCAGAACUAAAAAGAAAGAGAGGAGGGAACGCUUGAAGGAGAAACAAAGGGCGAAAGUCACUUCCAAGGUCCCAGAGAAACCUCUCAAAGUGGAGAGUGCCACUGCACCUCCGCCUGUGCCCCCCGUUGCUAGCCAGUCAAUCAGUGCUCCAGUCAUGCAGCCCUCCUCUUUCUGGCGCGCCCGCGGGACAAGUAACCGACCCACUAUACACAUUGCCACUAUGCAGCGCUCUGUAUCCGUGACACCGCCCCCGAUGGCGUCCUCCCCACAGUCUACACCCGGUCCAUCAAUUUCUUCUGCCACAUCCCGUACAUCAUCAAAGCGCCCCCGCACUCCUGCAGAUGACUACCCCGGAUCUGAGACUUUGAAUGACUAUAUGUCUUCCCCACCACCACGAAAGAAGAGAAUUGCUGUGAAGAAGGGUUGGAAGGGUUGGGUGGAAGGUUCACCGCCGCCAUCCGAGAAGCUCAUCAAUCUAGACGCAGUUCCUGUGCUACAGGAGAGACGCACACGCAGUGGCAAAAGCUUCGAUGCAAUAGGUGUUGGAAAGGAUGGUUGGGUAUAA